GUUUUAACUACGCAAAACCCUACGCCGAUCCCGAACGAUUCCGAUCCAGAAAAUGGCAUCCGCCGCCGCCAGAUCUAUAUUCCGAUCAUGCUCCGCCCCCAGGUCAGCGUUUCGCGUCGCAUCGGAAGCCAAACCGGUUCGUUCUCCGUUCCGCAUCGCGUCCAAUAAGCCUCUCUCGCAGUCCCAAUCCACUCUCAGGUUCCCUGUGGAAUUGAGUUCGUGUGUGGAAUCGAUGAUGCCGUACCACACGGCCACUGCUUCUGCGCUCAUGAAUUCUAUGCUUUCAAUUUCGACCCGCACGAGCGCUUGGAUUCCCGAAGGUAGCUAGCAUCUCUAGGAUUCCUUGAUGUUCUUUCUACAAUUAAUUUUCGGAUUGCAAUGAUGAUGUUUGAUAAGGUCGAGAAGAUUGAAGCAAACUUUUACAUAAUAUCUGCAAUGUAUGAAAGUGUCUGCUGAAAAAAUUAGGAGAGUUGACUCGGCCAUUGUAAGGACAAGUUGAUUUCUGAAAUGGAGCUUUAAAACCUAGACCACCUGUACUUCAUUUUCUUUCUAUUUCAGAUGCAUUAGAGGAUUGCAAUUUUAUCCUCAUGAACUUUAGUGCCAAAGGCAAUUAAGUUGGAAAUGUACUACAAAGUACCAAUAAAGUUUCAUUUUGUUUUUCCAUGUUUAUUAGAAUUUUCAUAUUGAAUAGUCUAGGGAUGCUUUAUGGAUGUUAGAUUGGAGUAUGUAAUGAAAUUUCUGUAAUUCCUAUACAAUGAUGCCUCUUAAGUUUGAAUCUCAAACUAAGUCAAAGUUCCUUGUCUCGAUAUAUACUUUCUCCUUGUCAAUGACUUUGAUCUAAUGAGUUGGCUUUAUGCUCUUGGCUGACUA